AUGACCACAGACACCACGACCGCAGACUCUGCUCCGUGCGAAAACAGCUGCGGCGACCCGCACGAGCACGCCGGGGGCAACACCGACGACGCCAAGUUGUCCACGUCGACGUCCGCUUCGUCGUCAUCCUCGGAGACCUCUGGCUCGUCGGCCCCAACGUCCGACUCGGCCUGCGACACCAGCGCCUCGUCCUCCUUUUGGAACAUCAUCAAAAACCCCUCCAACGGCAGGACGAGAAUCUCGCAGGCGUGUGACCGAUGCAGAGCACGCAAGAUCAAGUGCAGCGGCAAAUCAGAAAACUCCCCAAAGUGCACAAACUGCGAGAAGGACGGCUUCCCCUGCGUCGUGUCCGACAAGUUGACCAGAAACUCGUUUCCAAAGGGCUACACGAAGAACUUGGAAAAGAGGUUGCUAGACGUCGAGUUGAGCAGAAACCAGCUCCUCAUGGAGUUGAACAGCUUGAAGCAGAAAAUGAGCUCCAUCGAGCCGUCCAGCACGAUGGAAAACGCAUCUGUCACCGACAACCGCAGUACUAAAGACUUGAGUGGAGGCGCAGAAAAUGCUUUUUCCAACGGCAGUGCAAGUAACCCAGCAGGCUCGAACCUCGCUGCCGAAGCCCAAGUCGGCGGUUUUCAGGACCUGGCGGCCAGCCCAGUUCCCAACCAAAACCGUGAAGUUAUCACCACCACCACAGCCACCACAGUAGCGGAAGAGUCUCCGCUUGAGCUCCAGGAACGAAGCAUCCAGGCUUUGAGGAAGAAAAUCUACUACUCGAAACCAAUCAGCACUACCAGAUCAGGAUCUCUUGUGUUGGAUCAAAACCUGAAGUCCCCCUUUGAAACCAUUUUCACCUCUCUUAAGUCAAACCCGUUUAAGGGCUACAAAUCUAACGCCUCCUUCUCUUCUGGAAAGAAUGCUUUCAGCUCUGCUGCCGCAUCAACUACCUCUUCACACUCAGCAACCUCGUCAAAUGACGAUCUUGACCCGGCCUCCCUAAAGCACUUGUCCAACUAUCACAUGAACCUCAACAGAUACUUAAACUUAAUCUUAUACAAGUUGAUUUUACCCCUUUUCAACGCUAGUUCGAACAAUGGUAGCUCCGACACCAAUAAGAAUCUAGACCAUUUAAUUUGGUUGUUUUUCAACGACUACAAUAAGUUGAUUCCAAUCUUAGACUUUGAGUUGUUUUACAAUGACUACUUAACUUUUGUGAACACUUACACAAUCAAGAAAUCAACCUACUCAGAUAAUGGUGAGCUGAAAAAAAGAUACUACGAGUUCAAUUCAAAGGACCAGGAUACCAUGAUUAAGUUGAUCUUAAUCCUUAAGUUCACCCUUUGCCAACCAAAAAUUAACCGUAAUAAUAAGUCUUCUGCAUACUUACCUGACAAGUCAUCCUUGAACCAUUUGGACGAGUCAGUCAAAUUGAUUAAUGUCAAGCACUUGAUCAUGAUGUUGAAAAAUAUCAAUUUCAGUCUAUCUCCAAACCUAGACAAACUAGAGAUCUCUUUGUUGCUCUUUUACUAUCUUAUCAAGUUUGAAAACUUCAACUUACCAAAUUACACAGAUAACCUUCAUUCCCACAAGGAAUUCCUAAUGGACGUUAUCAACUUGAAUAAGCAUCUGGUAUACACACUUAAUAUUGACAAGCCAAACGCUCUAUUAAUGAGUAGCAAGUUUCCUGAAAAACAGUUGAUUGAAAUUCAAAGAUUGAAGCUCUACUGGAAUUUCAAAAUUUUGAUCAAACUUUCAGAAAUUUAUUUCAACAUUCCUUUACUCGAUGAAGAGAUAGUUCCAAAUUCUACGCAAGAUGAUGAAGAUGAAGUGAUGAGUGAUAUCAGUAGCGCAUUUUUUGAUGAUCUUCAUCCCUCUACAGUGAAGAAGUCUUCUCCUGCAAGUUUGGAGACGAUCGUCUUGGUUAGUAACGAUGUCAAGAUCACUAUAUGUCUUGUCAAACUGCUUUGCUUGAUUCCUUGGAAUAUUAUGCAGUUUGUCAAUGAUGAAAAUACAGAGGUUUUAAACAAAAUCGAUGUAGAUUUGUCAAAUUGGAAAGAUUCAGUUGAAAGUUUGAACAAUGACGAAAAUUCCGUUGUUUUCAAUAAGUUGAACUCAUACUAUUUGUAUUUCAAAGUCUUAGUGAACAUCAAUGGUACCAUUGACUCAUCUUAUUUCAUUGAUUUCGUCAAUCUGGUUUAUGAGUUGACUUUCAAAAAUUCUAAAUCGAACGGCAACAAGGGAGAUGAGAUUUCAAUCGAGGCUUCUGAAAGUUUGUGUUUGCAUAGUUUCAACUUCCACCUUGUAACAUUAAUAUCGAUCACCAGUCUACAGAACGUCAAGGAUAAGCAACUCUGCCAGAAAAUUUACAAGUUGAUUCAACUUUACCAGAUUUUGAUCAAUUACAAAGAUGUUGAUCCAUUGAUCACCACCUUUGUAACCUAUAUCAAAGAAAACAUCCUGUUUGCGUUCUCUGAUGCCAAUACAAUACAGGACGAGACUUUAAGGUUGUUCUCUUCGGUUGAUAUGGAAAAGGCAAAUAGUACUUCGUUGUUCGAUAAAAAGGUUUCGCAUAAAAGUAUGAGAACAUCAUCCUCUUUAUCAAACCAGUCGCAGUCACAGUCUCAGAAUUCUGGCUCUAACCAGAAUGUUCUAAACCAGGGGUUGAUGAAUUUCGACUUGAAUGCUUUCAACCUUCAUGGAGAUUCAUUUAAUCUUAAUGAUGAAGCUUCAAAUACUAAGAGAAGAAAAUCAAAUGCUUCAACCACAUCAAGCUUUAUGUCCUCCAAUCUCUCUUUGAACUCAAGAGAGUCAUCUGUUGUCUCUUCUUCCAGAAGAUUAUCUGUUUCAUCUAAUGAUAGUAUGCCUUCAUUGUUCCCAUCGGCAACUAGCCCUUUCCAUAAUAGCAACAACACCAACACUAGCCUUUUCCAAAAUAACAAUAAUGGAAACAACAUCAAUUUCAACGAAAACUCCAUAACUUCUUCUGCUAAGAAGAGAAUUAUGGACUACGCCAUUCAACCAAUGAGAACAACAAUGAAUAGAAGCAGAUCAUUAUCUGCAGAGUCCAGAAUCCGUUCGUCUAAAAUUUCAGAUCGAAGAUUGUCAGGGAGUAAUCAUUCUGCAGGUUUUACAACAUCGAGAGAAAAUUCAAUUGAUGUCAACAAUGCAAGCAUUGCAGAUGAUAUGGUUGACGAUGACAUUGUAUCUCGCAUCUUGAACUCAGAUGUUGAUUCAGAAGUCGACUCGGAUGUUAGCAUGAUUUUGACAGGUAAGCCAAUGAGGUCUAGCAAUUUCAAGCGGAAUACCAGUAUACUUCCUACAAUUCCUUCUGAAGGCACUUUAAUGAAGAUCAUGGGGGCUAUGGAGACUACUGCUUUUGACGCUAUUUCCAAUUCAACUAGCGAAUCCAAGGAGGCAGAUUUUGAUGUUAAUUCAUUGUUUUCUGUGACUUCAGCAUUUAAUUCUGGCACUAAAACGUCUAAUGAUUCUUCUAAUUGUACUAAUACCAACGUCAAAGAUGAUAAUGCAUUAUCACCUGACUCUAAUUCGAUGAAAUCGAAAAUGUGUGAUUUUUCAAAAGCUUUUAAGAAAUCGACGAGUGGAUCUAUUUCCAGUGCAUAUCAUAACACAGGCGCCUCCAAACCUAGCCAUCCACUCAACAACGAGUUGAAGAUAGCUGACGAUGAUCCACUUAACCCCGGAAACAUCACUAACUCUAACCUACAAAACUUUAAUUCUAUUACAAAUGAUAAAUCUAUAAUUGAUGACGAUGAUCUCUUGAGAUUGAAAGAGCAUGUGAUGAGCAUGAAAACAUCCAUUCAAUGA